AUGGCUGUAAAGGCUGUCAUCCCUUUCUUGGUGGGCAUGAUGCUCUUGACGGGCUGUGCCAAUACCAUUCUCACCAAGUAUCAAGAUCAGCAAUGUGUGCGGAACUGCGAAGCGGGAGAUAAGGGAAAGCCUCAUCUGUUCGAGCAGCCUGUCAUCCAGACUGUGCAGAUGUUCAUCGGUGAAACAGGCUGCUGGCUGGUUGUUUUUGGCUUCUAUAUCGCUCGUCUGAUCCAGAACAAAACCAGAACAUCCCCACUACUCUACCAACCUGUCAAUACUGAGAAUGAAGAGGAUGACAAUACCCUAAGACCAUACUCAUCUCAAGAUGCCGCCAGCCCUGCAUUAAAACCGCUUGUACCUAAUGCGGACGACCGUCGUCCACUCAAGGGCUGGAAGACACUUCUCCUCGCCAUUCCUGCAUGCUGCGAUAUCACAGGCACAACACUCAUGAACGUCGGACUGCUCUUCGUUGCAGCCUCUAUCUAUCAGAUGACGAGAGGUGCUUUGGUACUAUUUGUUGGCUUAUUCAGUGUCAUCUUCCUCAAAAAGAAGCUUCACCUCUUCCACUGGUUCUCAUUGGUGAUUGUGGUUGUCGGCGUUGCUCUUGUUGGCCUAGCGGGUGCCAUCUGGAGUGGUAAAGGCUCCUCUGAUGCCCAAGAGCACGCGCCAGAGCUUAAGACAGUUGUGCUCUUCGCACGAGACGCCGUCGCGCAAGCUGCAGACCCUGUUGUCAUCCAAACAAUCAUUGGCAUUUUCUUAAUCGCAGGAGCUCAGAUAUUUACAGCCAGUCAAUUUUGCCUUGAGGAGUGGAUCCUCGAGAACUACGCACUCGAGCCUCUAAAAGUGGUGGCUUGGGAAGGCAUCUUUGGUUUCACAAUCACUAUCAUUGGUCAGAUUCUGCUGCAUUUCACUGUGGGCGUGAGCAAGAGUGGCAAGUAUGGGUACUUUGAUGCCGAAGAAGGCUAUCGCGAGAUUUUUACCAACAGAGCCAUCGGCAUUUCGAGCUUGUUCAUCAUGGUGUCCAUUGGUGGAUUCAAUUUCUUCGGACUGUCGGUCACGAGGAGCAUCUCGGCGACUUCGCGAUCAAUCAUUGAUACUUGCCGGACACUCUUCAUCUGGCUAGUAUCGCUAGGACUUGGAUGGGAGAGUUUCAAAUGGCUCCAAGUUGUGGGCUUCGCUCUACUUGUCUAUGGCACCUUCUUGUUCAACGAACUGGUUCGCCCACCGAUCAAGGCUCUGAUUCCCCGCGAACAAAGGAAUGGCAAUGCUCACGAGGAGCGCGAAUCUCUGUUGCCGGAGGAGCCUAUUGAGCAUAUGUAG